UGCGGAUCGCGUCGCCCGAGCGUUCGUCAGCCUUCCGGAAUGUUCUACGUCAUCUUCUUAUCUAUCUAAGCGCCCCGAACAACGCCUGCACAUAUCCACGAAGCGUGUUACCACCUAGACAUUGUUACAGCCGUUGCAAAACCUUCUCUAAGAUGGACGUCCAACUGUAUGUGUAUGACCUUUCUCAAGUAAGUGGCUGGAGCAGAUGUACAUGCGCGAUCUUUCGCGGCGCUGUUUAGACGUGUUCAGAGCUGACGGCAUCUAGGGUCUUGCACGAAGCAUGUCGCGGCAAUUCUUGGGCAUACAGAUCGAUGCCGUAUAUCACACCUCAAUCGUACUCGACGGCAUAGAAUACUACUACGGAUCAGGCGUGCAGACAUGUCGGGCGGGCACCACUCACCAUGGCCGGCCGAUGGAAGUAAUCAACCUUGGGCAGACUGCGCUCCCUAUGGAGGUCAUAUUAGAGUACCUAGAAUCUCUAAAGGAGAUAUAUACUGCUGAGUCCUACGAUCUUUUCGCACACAACUGCAACAACUUCUCGAACGACUUCGCCAUGUUCCUUGUCGGCAAAGGAAUACCAGGUCACAUCACUUCCCUCCCACAGACCGUCUUGAACACGCCGUUCGGACAGAUGCUCAAACCGCAAAUCGACGCCGCUAUGCGACCCAUCGUUCAAGCGCCCACACCGCAGCCGGUACAACCGCAAGCCCAUUCGAAAACGUCGAGCGCAAAUACAUCCAAUGGGGUCUCUUCUGGGGGUAGUGCUUUGGAAAUGAACACAGGCAGGGUCAACAACAUAACAGCACUGAAGGAUGUGGACCGCCUUCUCGAUCUCGCGAAAGACCGUUGCGCCAUCAUCUUCUUCACGAGCUCCACAUGCGCGCCAUGCAAGUUGGUGUACCAACCGUACGACGACCUCGCCGCCGAGACUGGCACCAAAUGUGUCUUCAUCAAAAUCGACUUCAGCCACGCCGAUCGCUCCAUCAACACUCGCUACCCGAACGUUCGCGCAACCCCAACAUUCAUAACAUACCUCAAAGGCGAAAAGCGAGACGAGUGGAGUGGAGCUGAUCCGAGGCAGCUGCGGAACAACGUGGAGAUGCUGGUUAAUGCUGCGUUCCCCGCGCACCCACAUCUCGAGAAAAGCACACCCAUGCUGUUACGGCAGAGUCAAAGGCCUGUCAAGUUCACCAAGGUGCCGCCACUGGAGAAGCUUGUCGCGAAGAUGGGAGAUGCAGGAAAGGAGCCAGCUGUUUCGUCAGUCGUGUCUUUUAUACAGACUCGCGAACAAUCUGGGGCCAUAGAAGCACCUCUGGGAGAUCUUCCGCAGUUCGCAAACUUCCUGAGGAACAGCACCUCAGUACUCCCACCAGAGCUUCUGUUCACGGCCUUAGAUCUGCUCAGGGUGGCCUUGACCGACGUCCGCGUGGCCGGCUUCUUUGCGGAAGAACACAAGGGAGCAACUGGCACACCUGCCACUAUACACCAUCUGCUGGACCACGUCGACAAGCUCGGCGAGUCCGCGCCUUACCCUCUUGGACUUACAACACUGCAUCUCGCAUGCAAUCUCUUCUCAUCACCCCUCUUCAUACCACACCUCCUCUCUCCACCGCUCUCAUCAACGCUAAUCUCCAUCUUAACAACCGCUCUCCUCGACGAGAAGCACCCCGCGCUCAAAGCCUCAGCUCUCAGUCUAGCCAUGAACAUGGCAUCUUCGAACCAACAAGUACGCAUGAAGAAGCACAGCGCAAACCCGUCAGCCUCCUUAUCUUCGGAGACGGAGCUACCGGAGGCGGAGCAAGGCGAGCUUCUGGCGUCGCUACUGGAAAAUAUUGGCACUGAAGAGCAGUGGAGCGAAAACCAGAAGAUGGGUGUCAUAUGUGUUGGUUGGUUGGUGUAUGCUGCGGAUAUGCAGGGCGAGUUGAGGGAUACGUGGAAGGUAAUGGAUGCUGCGGGUACGAUAGGGAAGGUUCAAGCGAAGGCUGGUGAGGAUAGCUUGAUGGUGAAGGAGGUGAAGGGGUUGUUGGAGGUAUAGCAUGUAAUAAUAAGAGUUAUCAAGAAGCGCACAAAGCGACUUGUCUAUAAUACUGCGAUGUGGGUUGAUGAAGGUGACUCGCCAGCCGUUGUGCCAUUACAAGUCCAUGGUACCCUUCAAUCUUACGUGCGCAUUCGUAAUGCGCCCACUACAAAAUUUUCGUACUCACGCUGAUUGCAGUCAUAUGUACAUCGCAAUAAUCACCGGCUCAAUCCGCUCACCCAUAUCGUGGACUUUGCUCACUCUUUGCUUCCAUCUUGCCAACACGAUGUGCGAUGAUGACUACAACCGCCCUUCGGAUGCGAUCCCUCCUACUGUCUACAAAGAGCUGGAGUCACCGUACCGCGGUAUAUAGAGGUAACCUACAGGCUGCGGUCAACACCCGUUACGAAUGACCGAAUACG